UUAAAAUUUUUCACGAAUAGCAGAUAUAUAGAAAAGUUAAAGUUCCUGCACUUGAUUCUGGUGGCGCUUUUAAAGAUUAUGGAGAUUUGUACAAAGUUCAGUCGUUGAGUACAGAUUUGGCAGAUAUGGAUGCCAACGCUUUAAACUACUGGCUUGGUAAAUUUGUCCAGGAGGUUGCGAAUAGUGAAGGGAAGGUGUAUCCAGCAAUGACCCUUUAUGGAAUUAUCUGUGGCAUUCGAAGGCAUUUAGAAGAAACUGUGGGAUGCAAAGCUUUAAAUCCUUUAGAUUCUUCGGAUAAAAGAUUUGCUAUUUUCCGUCGUUGUAUCGAUACCGAGAUGAAGGGUAGUACGCGGCAAGGUGCGAGUUUGCAAACAAAGAAAAAAGACAAGGAAGCUGUUACAGACGAGGACGAAGAAAAGUUCUGGAGUGCAGGAUUAUUUGUCUGUGGAACAGCUAAGCAAUUAUUAGAUACUAUUUAAAAAAUGUUUGGCUUGCGCAGUGGUGAACAUAGGAAGAUUUGUGUGAAUAACUUUUCUUUGGGGCCAAAUGUUAUUAAUUUUGAAGAAAAUGUAUGCAAAACUUUCCAUGAAGGUAUUUCUGACUUUAAGUAUGAACCAAGAAAAGUGAGGCAUAUUUGCCAUAAGAGAGGGGUCAAGAGCAUGAUCGAUGUUUAGUGCAGUUUUAUCAAUUGUACAUUGGAUUGGUUGAAACCCUUUCAAAAAGAAAUGAAGCUUUCUAUUUCAGGCCAAAGUCGAACACGUUGUUUUGAGAAUAGUCCUGUAGGGAUCAACACCUUGAAUUCUAUUUUGCCGAAUUGUGCAAGGCUGCGGGAAUCAAAAGAAAAACGGCACAUUGUUUGCGUGUCACUUGUGUUUGUAAACUCUUAAAUAGCGGUAGAGAAGAGAAAUUAAUUAGAGAGAGAACCGGGCACAGGUCUUAUGCAUUAUUUGUUUAUGAGAAAACAAGUGAGAAAAAAGUUUCUCAUGUAUCAGCUUUAUUAGAGGCAGAAACGAAGACAGAAAAUAAGGAAGAAAAAUUAAUGUGUAACAGAUGCGAAGAAAAAAGCUCAGAUGGUUUUUUCAUUUUUGAAUGCUUUUUCUUUCACGAUUUGUGAUGUAAAAAUUUUUGUCAACUAAAAAGAUAACUGAGAGCGUAGCUGAUUAAUUAUGAUGAUUAAAUAAACUGGAGUACUGUUUUUGUGUUCAAUUUGUUUUGUUUUGAUCCAUAAAUCUGGAUGUCCAAUGAGAAGACAGAUGAAAACCACGCGUGGUUUUGAUAUGUGAUCCAAAACACGUGUGGUUUUCAUCUGUAUUUUCAUUGAGUAUCAAAACUUGUGCACGUGACGAAUUCAGCCAUUUUUUAUUGGCUAUCAAACUUAUGAAUUAUUAAUGAGUUUUAGAAUUAUAUAUUUACUCACUGAGACAAGCGCGAAAAUCUACAAAGCGUAUUUCGGGGUUUCUCUAUUUCCAUUUCGUUGUAAAGGAGGCUGUAAUUAUUUCACGUAAGAGAUCUUUGCUUAAAUAUCAGUCUUCGACCGAACCGCGAACCAAAUGUUAGCGGAAUCAAACAAGAUGUUUGGGUUUGUUAAACGAAACACGUGUUAUUUACAAAGUACCAAUGUAAGAAGAUCAAUCUAUUUAACCAUUGUUAGACCACAUCUGGGCUAUGCUGCACAAGUUUGGGCGCCAAAAUCUAUUUAUCAUAUCUCAAAUCUAGAAAAGAUACAGAGAAGGGCUACAAAACAUAUCUUGAAACUACCAUUCUUGUGCUGUCAGAGUUAUAAACAAUGGCUAAAAACCCUUUCCUUACCACCAAUCAGCUCCUGGUAUGAGUACUUAGAUAUGUUACUGUUCUUUAAGAUUAUCCAUGGUAUGGUGGAUAUAGACCCUACAAUUGUUUUUAUUGCUCAUUCUACAAGACACACAUGAUCAUCUGCCAAUAUACAGCUGUUAUCAAAUACUCUGAACAUAAAUGUAAGACUUCAACCUUUCAACAGUCAGUUAUUGUACAAAUAAUAAGAAUCUGGAACACACUUUCAGGCAAGCUUAUCUAAAUGUUAACAAUGUAAAUGACUUCAAACAUGCUUUGAUAUGUUAUUGUUCAACUGCACUCCAAGAGAUCUAUGACAUUGACAAUGCCAGGACUUAUAAAACUAUCCGUACAAAAUGUAAUUCAUGUCGCAGCCUGAAAACAACACCAACUCCAUGCUGUUCUUAAUUAUUAAUUGUUGAUGUAAUCGUUUUACUAUUUAAUUCUCCUAGGACCACAGUAGUUGGCUAUCGCUGUUGUGGUUGCCUGCCCAUUACUGUUAUGUAAUUUACCUGAGUUCUACAUUGUAUGUAUUGUUGGCAAAGCUAAUAAAAUAAAAUAAAAUAAAUAAAUAAAUGAAUAAGCCAAGUACUUCGCAAAAGCAAGGUGAAAUGAUCGACAUCAGAGAGAAGAGCUUCAGAUUAGAAGAAGAAUACAAAGACCUUCAAUGAAGGAAUUCUUGAUUUAAAAAAAACAAUAAAAACUGGCAAAAUUUUGACAGAAAGAACAAAUCAAGGCAAGUCAUAGAGGGGCCGGCCACCGUAGAGCGGCAAGCCCUAAAGGAGCAGGCCACGGAGCGCCACACCAUGAUUUCUUUGCGAGAAGAUACAACAAUGAUGCCGAUCCUGUUGUUUGAUUGAAUUUGUUUGGAUACUGAAGACUGACAAGUUGAUAUGUCAAAAUGUUUUUGAAAAACUUAUAACAUGAGAUUUCCAUUUGUCUCAGUGAGUAGAUAAAAAUGCCAACUUCUGGAACAAUACAAAACCAAGGAUAAAAAGUGUUUUGGGUGAAGCUCAAACACAUUUUCAUCCAUGGUUUUGUAUUGUCCUAGAACUGUCACUAUACAUCUAGUAGCAUUAACCUCUUUUAUUUAUCGUAAAGAUUUUGCGGCCUUUUCUGCUUCAAAAUAAAAUUGGGUUUUAUUAUAAUAUGGUUACCAUGGUAGGCAUUUUCAGAAAAAAAAAAACCAGGAGAAGCAA